AUGCUUGCCCGGGAAGUAGUGCGCUCGAAUAAGCACCGCACACGCCUGAUUACCAGUAAAGCGCAGCUGAACAGCAUCUCCCUGCAGCUCCAGCAGCAAAUGUCCGUGUUCAAGGUCACAGGCAGCUUGCAAAAGUCGACCGAGAUUAUGAAGCUGUCCAACAAUCUCAUCAAGCUACCCCAAAUGUCCAAGUCUAUGCGCGAAAUGAGUGGCGAACUAAUGAAGGCGGGCAUUAUGGAAGAAAUGAUGAACGACACACUUGACUCCGGCGUCUUUGGUGAAGACCAGGAAGAGCUCGAGGAGGAAGCGCAAGAGGAGGUCAGCAAUGUCUUGCACGAGCUUACGGACGGCAAACUCGGAGAGGCCAAGUCCGCCAGCGAGCUGCCGAGCCUCAGUGCAGAGCCCGCUACGGCACACGCAGACAACAACCAAGAUUUGGAGCAGAUGCAGGCCCAACUUGACGGUCUACUGCGAGGAUAG